AUGCCUGCUAACAGUCAUCUUACCCAGUUAAUUGUUAGGGAUGCUCAUGAGAAAACAUUGCAUGGUGGUCCUCAGGUCAUGCUUAAUAUAUUGCGUGAGAGAUACUGGAUCAUACGAGGCAGAGAUCAAGUAAAGAAGUGCUAUAGAGAAUGCGUUACGUGCUUGAGAUAUUCGAAAAUAAAUAAAACACCUUUAAUGGGACAAUUACCUGAGGUAAGACUUAAACCAAGUAAAGCCUUUAAAUCUACAGGUGUUGAUUAUGCAGGUCCAAUUAAUGUAAGAGUGUCACCUGGUAGAGGAACAAGGUCUUAUAAAGGGUACAUCGCACUAUUCAUCUGCAUGGUAACUCGUGCGAUACAUCUAGAAGUAGUAUCUGAAUUGUCAGCUAAAGGUUUUAUAGCUGCCUUUAGAAGAUUUGUGUCCAGAUGCGGCAGGUGCCAGGAUUUAUUCAGUGAUAAUGGCACCAAUUUCGUCGGCGCUGAUAAAAUCCUAAGUGAGAUGUUUAAUGCAGCUAAAUCUGAGUUGCCUAAUGAAAUAGCUACAAUACUUAAUAACGAAGGAACCAAAUGGCACUUUAAUCCUCCACACUCUCCCAAUUUCGGUGGUAUUUGGGAAGCUGGGGUGCGUUCUGUAAAGACGCAUUUGAGAAAAGUCGUUGGUGACAGCACUUUGACUUAUGAGGAAUUAUCCACGGUACUAGCGCAGAUUGAAGCAUGCUUAAAUUCGCGUCCAAUUUCUCAACUCAGUGAUAAUCCUGAUGAUCUUCUACCAUUAACUCCAGGGCAUUUUCUUGUGGGCGAGCCACUUAUCACAAUACCAGAUAGAGACAACACAGAUGAUCACAUUACUGGCAUUGAAAGAUGGCGGCUGAUACAAAAGAUGGUAAAUGACUGUUGGAAAAGAUGGUCUAGAGAAUAUUUAGUACUUCUUAGCCAAAGAUACAAAUGGACCACAAACAGAACCGAACCAGAAAUAAAUGAUAUUGUCAUUGUUAAGGAAGACAAUGUUCCUCCAGCUAAGUGGAUAUUAGGGAAAAUUAUACAGAAGCAUACUGGCAAGGAUAACAUUACAAGAGUUGUAACUAUCAAAUGUAAAAAUAAUUUUCUAAAAAGACCUGUUAGCAAACUUUGUUUUUUACCUAAAUCUUGUUCGCAUGAGAAAAAAUAA